AUGAAUGAAAAACAAGGCAAUGCUGAGAAUGACCGACAGUUAGCCAUCCCCGAGUCACCCGAUUCAACAUCAGUGGCUGUACCACGGAAAGGAUUUACAAGCAAGGGUGUGCUGCACAUUGCUGUCAGGACUUCCGUUGUGACGAAAGAAAACGGUGUUGUCGACAGUGUUUUACUGGACCGUGACGUACACUACGAUGUGCCCUUGGACAAAGCUCAUCAGGAGAAAGUUACUGUCGAGCCUUCUCGAGCACUGUUGGCUCUUCCAGAAGUAGUACCAGCUGAAAAGAUUGACAAUGCAGAUCAACAGAGUCAAACUGUGCAAAGCCUCGCUUCGUGCGAACAUCGUAGUGUGCAAAGCGAUCAUCCUAGUAGUCAAGUCAGUGUGAUGAAUACACAUAAGACAAGUAAAUUAAUUAUCAUGCCAUUUGAACAAAAAGUUCGACCAGUUCCAGAAGAAGUGUUGUCCCAAUCCAGUGCAACCACUCCAAGUUCCACGUCUAGUUCCCAUCAGUCGUUUUCGAGACGCUCCAGUCUUGAUUGGAAUCAACGAGUGAGCAUUAAUACACCAACUCGACGAGUAUCCGAGCAUGAGGUUAAUUGGAUCGAACCGACAGAACCUUCUGAAUCAUCCAGUUCCAGUUCUCCUGAGUCCGAUGUGGAGUUGGAUAUAAAAACGAGGCCUUCCAUCAUUGUUAAUAUGGACAAUUCCCAAGGGAAACGUAUCAGUAUCUCACUCGCGAAAUUGCGUGAAGAUAUGAAGGAAUAUUUAUCCCAGGAAGACGCAUAA